GGAUACUUUACUCCACAGAGAGGUGAGGUCAGCAUGGCAGUGGAUGUCCCUGGACUGGUGUCCGUGGUGGUUUUUUAUAUUUGUAUCCUGGCCAUUGGAGUGUGGGGUUCUCGAAAAUCCAGGAAGGUGGAGAAGAAAUGCACUGGCACCAAGAGCGAAAUUUCCAUCAUUGGUGGUCGCAACAUCAAUGUCCUGGUUGGGGUUUUUACCAUGACAGCCACAUGGGUCGGUGGAGGUUACAUUAUGGGAACUGCUGAGGCUGUUUAUUCUCCAUCUCAAGGUCUCAUCUGGGCUUUAGGCCUCCCGGCAUACGCUGCAAAUUUUCUCCUGGGUGGAUUGUUUUUUGCAAAACCUAUGAGGUCAAAGUGUUACGUGACCAUGUUGGACCCAUUUCAGAACCGCUAUGGCAAAGCAUUCACUGCAACACUCCUGCUUCCGGCUUUGGUCAGUGACAUAUUAUGGGUUGCCUGCAUCCUUUCUGCUCUGGGUGGAACAAUGAGCAUCAUUCUCAGGCUGUCAUCCACUGUCUCUAUCAUCAUCUCAGCCGCUGUCUCCAUCGUCUACACGUUUUUAGGAGGCCUGUACUCUGUGGCAUAUACUGAUAUUAUCCAGCUUUGUUUUAUUUUUGUCAGUCUGUGGCUUUGUGUUCCCUUUCUGGUGCUAAGUCCUGCAGUCUCCAUUAUCUCACACACACCUGCCCUCAACCAGUCUUAUGAAAGCUCCUGGGUAGGACACUUGGAGCUGAUGGAUGCAGGAAAAUGGGUUGAUGAACUUCUGCUCCUGGCUUUAGGUGGAUUGUCAUAUCAAGCUUUGUACCAACGAGUUCUUUCAGCAGCCUCUUCAACGCAGGCUCAGAUCACCUGCUAUGCUGCUGCUGUCACCGUUUUCAUCAUGGGAAUCCCCUCAGUGGUCAUUGGAGUCGUGGCUGCCUCUGCAGACUGGAACCAGACAGACUAUGGUUUUCCGCCUCCCUUUGAACGUGGAGAUGCAGGGAAGAUCCUGCCACUUGCUCUGCAGAACCUCACCCCCACCUGGGUCGGAGUGUUGGGGAUCGGUUCUGUUGCUGCUGCUGUUAUGUCCUCCAUGGACUCAGCCUUGCUGUCAUCAGCUUCCAUGUUUACACAAAACAUAUACAAGACAAUUGUCAGGAAGCAGGCCUCGGAGAGGGAGCUCCAGUGGGUGAUCCGGAUUAGCGUGCUGCUCGUGGGCCUGGCAGGGACCGGUUUGGCGUUUGGCGGUGAUAGUGUUCUAGCUUUUUGGAUUUUAAGCGGAGAUCUCACCUACGUUGUGAUUUUCCCACAGCUGGUCUGCGUGCUGCACUUCCGGCAUGUGAAUUGUUACGGGGCCAUUAGUGGCUUUGUGACAGGUUUGUUGCUGCGAGGGCUGAGCGGGGAACCAGUACUCGGGAUCCCAGCUGUGCUCCGAUACCCUGGUUGGAGAGAGGAGAACAGCGUUAUCGUGCAAUACUUUCCUUACAGGACGGUAGCCAUGUUCGCUUCUUUAUUAAGCAUCAUCAUCGUCUCCUGCCUGGUGGACCAGAUCUUUCAUCACCAGCUAAUCCCUCAGUCCUGGGAUUUCCUGAAGGUGUUUAAGAAGAAAAACGAACCAGAGGAGGAGGAAAUGCCAGACGCAAGUGAGGAGAUGAAGUGUGCUCUCACUACGAAAUUCUAAACUAAACGCGGCUGGAAACUCUGG